CGGCGCGUGUGCAUCGCCACUUCUUCUUAAUCUAUCUGUCUGACAUGGUGCUGCUGAAAGUGAUUAAAUAUUUAGUGGGUUGCGUGAUACGUGUCUGCAAUGAGCUAUCCCAGAAUAUGUCAUCGUUGAAUAAAAUGUUUAAAUAUCAUCUAUUGGAGGCGAGCUAGCAGCAAUAGGAGGAGGAGGUGGAGGAGGAAACAACGUGUAGAACUUGUUGAUUGAAUAGUUCAAAGCAAGUUCGUGGCUUAAAUCUUUUGUUUUCAUUCAUAU